AUGAUUGCCCUUAUUGUGUUAUUACUGACAGUGGUAACUGUGGCCACUGGUCUUCUGGCUCACUUCUUAGUCUCUGACCAGAAAAUGGAGUAUUAUCAUGGCACCUUUAAAAUUUCAGAUCUACGAGUCAAAAGUAAUUCUGGACAAAGCAGCCCACACCAGCUUAAGGACUUACAGGAGAUGAGUGAAAACUUGGUGGAUGAGAUAUUUAUAGAUUCGGCCUUGAACAAGCAUUAUAUCAAGAACCAAGUAGUCAGACUGACUCCAGAGGAAGAUGGUGUGACAGCAGAUGUCAUUAUGGUGUUCCAGUUCCCCUCUGCUGAGUUAAGGGCAGUGAGAAAAAGGAAAAUCCAUAGCAUCUUAAAUGAGAAGAUAAGUAACACCAGAGCUUUGUCAAUAAAUGCCUCGUCAGUUGAAGUUAAUGGUUGUGGUAAACGAGUUGUUCCAUUAAUAAUGAACAGAAUAAUGUCUGGAGAGAUUGUGGUCAAGUCUGCCUGGCCUUGGCAAGCUUCCCUUCAGCAUAAUAACACACAUCAAUGCGGGGCCACCCUGAUUAGUAAUACGUGGCUUGUUACUGCAGCACACUGCUUUAAGAAUAAAGCAAAUCCACAUCAAUGGACUGUUAGCUUUGGAACAACAAUCAACCCUCCAUUAAUGAAAAGAAAUAUCAAAAGAAUUAUUGUCCAUGAGAGGUAUCACUCCCAAGCAAGAGAAUACGACAUUGCUGUUGUGCAAUUAUCACUCAGCGUCACCUUUACUGAUGAGAUCCGAAGAGUUUGUUUGCCAGAAGCCUCUGUGUCCUUCCAACCAAAUUCAACUGUCUAUGUCACAGGAUUUGGAGCACUUUUUUAUGGUGGGGAAUCCCAAAAUGAUCUUCGAGAAACCAGACUGAAAAUCAUAAGUGAUGAUGUGUGCAAGCAGCCACAUAUGUAUGGCAGAGAUAUAAAAUUUGGAAUGUUUUGUGCUGGCUAUCUGGAAGGAAUUUAUGAUGCCUGUGGGGGUGAUUCUGGGGGACCUUUAGUUGGAAAGGAUCUUAAAGAUACCUGGUAUCUCAUUGGAAUUGUGAGCUGGGGAGAUAACUGUGGGCAAAAGAACAAACCUGGAGUCUACACAAAAGUGGCUUAUUACCGAAACUGGAUUACUUCAAGAACGGGCCUCUAA